AUGGUCUCGUUGCGCAAUAUAGCUCUCUUUGCGCUCACCUUGGGCGGCGGAGUUACUGCGUCGAACGGAGCUUACUUCAAGAGAGCGCCUGAAGAUAUGUCUACGACUGCUGUUACAAAGACAACCGCAACAACUGAAUCUGCUAUGUCCAUAACUACAAGUGGUGCCGAAUCUUCCGUGACUUCGAGCUCUUCUAGUUCUACAAAGACCCCUACACCAACAUCUAGCCCUAUCGAUGAUUCGGAAACCCAAGGGUCAGCAACGGAGGAGCCAGCUCCGGAGGCUACUGGAGAACGCCCAAAGGAAGCUCAGGCAUGCAGCUCAGAGAAUGAUCUUUCCGUCAAACCAUUCUGUUCGCCUCAUGAUCAACAGGAGGUGUACGCUGAAGACACUUACUAUGCAACUUGGCUUCCUUCACUUCUCGACCCCAAUGCUACCGUCAAGGUUGGCAUGGACUAUGUCAACCUCACCGCUAACGAGGGGCCAUUAGCGUUUAUCUCCAGCAAAACACCAAGCAGUUAUGGCUACGUUACCAUUACCAUGAAGAAGGACUGGCUUAAGGGCGAGAAACGCAACAACCUGACCAUGUAUCUGGAUGAAUUAUUGCCAGGCAAGGACAGGAUCCAUCACAUCGGCCCUACCAUCUCCCUCGUCAAUAAACCACCAAUGCACUAUCCACCACCUCCCCCAACACCAGCACCCAAACCUCUUGGGCUCCUUAUCGGUCUACCUCUUGGUCUUGGUGCUGUUGUCCUGAUUCUACUUGGUCUAUGCAUUGGUAUGAAACAGCACCGCCGUAUUGGGUUGAGUAACAUCAUGGGCAGACGCAAUAAGGGUUACGGUGGCAGCAGAGCCAGAGCCAUGAGAAGUGGCCGUGGAGCUGGCGGAUCCAUCAGAUUGGAUGAUAUGGAAGAUAACGGACAGCAAUACUCCGACAACUCUGAACCGCUUCCAUCGCGUCAGCAAAUAAUUUCAGACACAGAAACUUUCAAUGAAGUACAAAGACGCGAGGGCAAUGCUUUCAGACAGGAGCUGGCCCGCUUGAAGAACUGGAAAUGA